AUCACAGUGAUGAAGGAUCGAACCCAGGAGCUGCGGGUUGCAAAGGACAGCGAUGAUGAUGAUGAAGUCAGCGUUAACGUGGACAGGGACCACUUCAUGGAUGAGUUCUUUGAGCAGGUUGAAGAAAUCCGAGGCUUCAUAGACAAGAUAUCUGAGAACGUGGAAGAGGUUAAACGAAAACACAGUGCAAUCCUCGCUGCACCAAAUCCGGAUGAAAAAACAAAGGAGGAAUUAGAAGAACUGAUGACGGAUAUCAAGAAGACAGCAAAUAAGGUCCGCUCCAAGUUAAAGAGUAUUGAACAGAGCAUAGAACAGGAGGAGGGUCAGAACAGAUCCUCAGCUGACUUAAGAAUACGCAAGACACAGCAUUCUACACUGUCCCGUAAAUUUGUAGAAGUGAUGUCUGAGUACAAUGGCACACAGACUGAUUACAGGGAGCGGUGCAAAGGACGAAUUCAGCGGCAACUCGAAAUUACUGGCAGAACAACCACAAAUGAGGAGCUAGAAGACAUGCUGGAAAGUGGGAAUCCCGCUAUCUUCACGUCUGGGAUCAUAAUGGACUCAAACAUUACGAAGCAGGCACUUAACGAGAUUGAAACACGACACCAUGAGAUCAUCAAACUGGAGAACUGUAUCCGUGAGCUGCACGAUAUGUUCAUGGACAUGGCAAUGCUGGUGGAAAGCCAGGGUGAUGUGGUCAACAGCAUUGAGCAGAAUGUCACCAAUGCAGCGGAUUAUGUCGCGCAGGCAAAGGACAGCACAAAAAAAGCAGUUAACUUUCAGGGUACAAGCAGACGGGUAAGUGGCCGGAGAGAAUGACACCCUGAGAAGACCGGUUAUUUUCACAUGUCUGUGCUCUUUCCUCAACGCCCAGGGUGAGAUGAUAGACAGGA